CUAGUUGGAAUUAUAAAAUUAGAUAUGCAAAUUAAAAGAAAAAGAAAUGCAAGGGAACAGAGGAGAGAGAAAAAGGUGUGAACAGUUAAUGGCGGAGCAGUAUAAGGAAUCGCUUCUCUCUAGAAAUCUGCCAUAGCUGGAUCAUUUGUAAUCGAAAGAAAAUAAAAAAAAGCAGAAAUUUUUGCAGAAGAAGAAAGAAUUAGUGUUGAUGUUAGUGGAGAAGAGAAAUAAGAUAAAAUCUCACAAGUGUUUUCGAGAUGCGAGCUAAAUCCGGUAGAAAAGGAACCUUCUCUGUACUUCUUCUCUUCCUCCUUUUGAUUCUCAUUUUGCCCAGUCUUUAAUUUUUCCGAUUUUCUUUUUUCACUUUCCCUUUUUCUUCUUCUUCUUCUCCCUGUUCCUUGUUCUUCAAUUUCACUCUUUCUUGUUUUUUUUUUCUUUUCCUUUCUUUCCUUUCCUUUAUUUCUCCGGAUUUUUAAAGCUGUGAUCGAAGAGAAAGUCAAGAAUCGUCCUGGGUCUUCUUCUUCUUCUUCUUCAUAUUCUAAUAAAGUUUUCUUGGGUUUUUGGUAUCGGAUCUGUUUCUUGGUCCUUGACUAAUAGUUGAAAAUUGGGGGUUUUUGAUCUAGGUUUGAUAUUUGGAUUUGAUGUAGGAAGACUGCGUUUUUCUUUUAGAAAGGGAAAAAAAAGAAAGAAAAAAAAAACGAAAUAAUCUGUUUCUCAUCCAAAUCUACCCACCAUUUUUGUUGUGGAAGAUUGUUUUUUUUUUUUUUUGAAUUUUCAUACUUCUUACUAAAAAAAAAAUUCAAAGUCAGAGACUUUAAUCUGAUUUAAUCCGCCAUUCAAAAUCUCAGAGGAGAAAUAGGAAGAGGGUUUUUCUUGUAAGUAAGAAUAUUUGAUUGUUUAUGGGAAUACCUGAUGGUUCACUGCUAGAUCUAAUUGAUAAGGUUAGGUCUUGGAUAACUUCGGAUUCAAGCGAUUCUUCUCUGUUCUUCUCUUCUUCCAAAGACUUUGAAACUAUGCCAAUCGUUUCCAAAAUGUGCCAUGACUGUGGAACCAACCUCGACGGUGGUCUCCUCCACGGUUACUGUUGCCUAAGCUGUGGCCGUUUGUGGUGCAAGAGCUGCUACUCUGAAUCUGAUACAGAGGAGACUCAAGAAGUUUGCAAGAAGCUGUGUAGAGAAUGUGACGGAGAGGUUCGUGAGUUAAGAGGAAAGAGCUAUGACAAGGUUCAUCCUCGGGAUAGCCCCGAUCCGCCUUCCCUCGCUCAAAGCGAGAAUCUUGAAAUCCGCGAUUGCAGGAACAUCGCCUCUAUUCGUUGCUAUCCUAGCAGGGGAGAGGACGAAGAAGGUAGAAGUUGUGGUAAACAGUUUCUAAGCCCUUCGAGUGAAUACAAUCAGGACAGUUCAGAUAUAGAGUCGGGUAGUGUUAGUGCUAGACAUGAGCAUUUUAGUUGUAAAUCUUCUGCUGGGUCAAGUCCCCACGACAGUCCAUUAAGGAACAAUUUUAGUCCUCUUGGGCGCUUUGUACAGCACGCGAAAGACCUGAGCCCUACUGUUGGUUCUUUUGAUCACAACCGGGAGCAACUCACGGCUGGUCGUAGGGAAGAUCAAGAAGCUCAGAGUCACGACGAGGAGGAGGAUUUGCUGCAGCAGCCGUUGGAUUUUGAGAACAUCGGCCGCAUCUGGGAUCCUCCGGCGCCUGAAGACGAGAACGACGAUGCCGAGAGUAAUUACUUUACGUAUGACGACGAUGACGACGAUGUUGGGGACUCUGCCGCCGAGUUUUCAUUGAGCAGUAGCUUUUCUAGCCACGUCCCUGCGAGGGAGAAACUGGGAGAAGACAGCAACGAGCCUCUUCGAACCGUGGUGCAUGACCAUUUCCGAGCUCUCGUUGCAGAGUUGUUACGCGGGGAGGAGCUUAGUCCCUGUGACGAUGGCAGCGCCGGAGACUGGCUUGAUAUUGUCACUGCUUUAGCUUGGCAGGCUGCGAAUUUUGUAAAGCCGGAUACUCGUGCAGGAGGCAGUAUGGAUCCCGGAAACUACGUCAAAAUAAAGUGUGUAGCAUCGGGAAAUCAAAAAGACAGCAUCCUCAUCAGGGGAAUAGUGUGUAGCAAGAAUGUAACGCACAAGCGAAUGAUGUCGCAGUACAAAAAUCCAAGGGUGCUGCUUUUGGCUGGGUCUCUCGAGUAUCAGAGAGCUGUAGGCCAGUUAGCGUCUUUUAACACGUUGAUCAACCAGGAAAACAACCAUCUCAAGGCGAUUAUAGCAAAGAUAGAGUCCCUUCGUCCCAAUGUUCUGCUGGUGGAGAAAAGUGUAUCUUCGUAUGCACAGCAAUACCUUCUAGAGAAGGAGAUCUCGUUGGUUCUCAAUGUGAAAAGGUCAUUGCUGGACCAAAUAGCCCGUUGCACCGGUGCUGUUCUUUGCCCCUCGGUCGAUAGUAUUCCCACUGCUAGGUUGGGACACUGUGAGGUGUUCCGGACAGAGAGAGUGGUGGAGCAGCAUGAAGCUGGGAAUCAAUCGAACAGAAAGCCUUCGAGGACAUUGAUGUACUUUGAAGGGUGUCCUAGGCGCUUAGGUUGCACGGUUUUGCUUAGAGGCAGUUGUCGUGAGGAGCUAAAGAAGGUCAAGCACGUUAUUCAGUACGCUGUGUUUGCGGCUUAUCACUUGUCACUUGAGACUUCGUUUCUUGCGGAUGAAGGUGCUUCUCUUCCUAAAAUUAGGCUGAAGCAACCGGGGAUGGUGCGGUCGGCAUCAGAAAGGAGAAUGAUUGAUGAUGGCAUUUCCUUAGUAACUAAUUCUCCUACAGAGAAAGAUCGUCAAGCUUUAGUUGUUAAUACAGCUGCGCACGAAGAUGAGAACACGGCCUCGAUGCCAGAGCAUGAGGUUUGUGAAUCGGUGUGUGAGGAUUUUGAUCCUAGUCAGCUGUUCCCACCGUCUUCUGACAUGAUACCUUGUGAGGUUGAUGGAGAUUUGCCUGAUAGUUUGGUAAUACGAUCAUAUUCAUCGAAUCAGUUAAAUGGUUUGCAUGAAUCCACUGUGUGCUCAAGUAGAGAGAUCCCUGGAACGCCGACCCACGACUUGCCACAGCAUGAGAGAUUCGAUGAAGAAGAUGUCUCUAGCGAAUACUUCUCUGCUGCGGACUCUCAUCAGAGCAUAUUGGUUUCGUUUUCGAGCCGUUGCGUUUCGAAAGAAUCAGUAUGUGAACGCUCACGGCUCUUGCGGAUUAAGUUCUAUGGAUCCUUUGAUAAACCUCUCGGAAAAUAUUUGAAAGAUGAUCUUUUCGAUCAGGCUUCAAGUUGUAGAACGUGUAAGCAGCAGGUUGAUGCUCAUGUCCUCUGCUACUCUCAUCAGAAUGGGAAUCUCACCAUCAAUGUUAAACGUAUCUCUCCCAAGAAGCUUCCUGGUGAACAAGAUGGGAAAAUAUGGAUGUGGCAUCGCUGCUUAAGAUGUGCACAUGUAGAUGGAGUCCCACGUCCUACUCGUAGAGUAGUUAUGUCUGAUGCGGCAUGGGGACUCUCCUUUGGGAAGUUUCUGGAACUUAGCUUUUCGAAUCACGCAACUGCGAACCGUGUUGCGUCCUGUGGCCAUUCGCUUCAAAGAGACUGCCUUCGAUUCUACGGCUUUGGGAACAUGGUUGCUUUCUUUAGAUACUCUCCCAUCAAUAUACUUACUGUUUUCCUUCCACCGUCGAUGCUCGAAUUCAACAGCCAUCAUCAGCAGGAGUGGAUACGUACAGAGGCAGCCGAGCUUAUGGGUAAAAUGCGGACUAUGUAUGCGGAGAUAUCUGGUAUGCUCAACCGCUUGGAAGAGAAAAGCAGUUUACUUGAACCUGAACGAUCUGAAGCCUCUGAUCUGCAGAGCCGUAUAAUUGGAUUAAAAGAUCAACUCGUGAAGGAAAAAGAUGAAUACGAUGACGCGCUGCAACCUAUUUUUGUGGAGAAUCUGCAAAAUCAAGGGAGUUUAGAUAUUCUAGAGCUGAAUCGAUUGAGAAGGGCACUCAUGAUUGGUUCUCAUGCUUGGGAUCAUCAGCUUUACUUGUUAAACUCUCAACUCAAGAAAGCAUCUGUCUUUAAAGCUGGUGACGGCAAUGCUUCUCGGAAUCUAGAGAUGCAGGAUCCUCCAAAGAUUGACCAUAGUAGACUGCAGGAAGGUCCAGAUGAAGGUGAAAGAAAAUCCCAUUCUGAUGCAGAAGCUAAUAGUGAUAACAACAGAGAUCGGGAAAAAUUGCUCUCCCCUGGCUCUUCUCUGUCUGAGAGGAUAGACUCGGCGUGGUUGGGCUCGUUUCAUACUCUAGAGAAAGCCGAGACGAUUUCAGAGGCUGAAGGCUUCUCAGCUGCUAACUCUCCACUCCGGAGGCUCGCAAGGCCGAUUCGAGUCCAGUCGUUUGAUUCAGCGAUACGGUUUCAAGAAAGGAUCCAGAAAGGUUUGCCACCAUCUUCUUUGUAUCUCUCAACUCUCAGAUCUUUCCACGCUUCAGGGGAGUACAGGAAUAUGGUGAGGGACCCUGUUUCUAAUGUGAUGAGGACCUACUCGCAAAUGCUGCCACUGGAAGUACAGAAGCUUGAUCUGAUUGUUGGUUCAGCGCCUACAUACAUCUCUUCAGCAUCUCAGAUGGCUGAUGGUGCUCGGAUGCUGAUUCCUCAACGUGGCCUCAACGACAUUGUGAUCCCAGUAUAUGAUGAUGAUCCCGCAAGCGUCGUGUCGUAUGCUCUUAACUCGAAGGAAUAUAAGGAGUGGGUCGUUAACAGAGGCAUCGCUAGUAGUAGUGGCAGCAACUGGAGUAACAGAGAGUCCGAACCUUCCACUUUCUCGACUUGGCGUUCUCUUGGAGCGAUGGAUGUGGAUUACAUUCACCACGCGGUGUAUGGAUCUUCUCAGGACGAUAAAAAGUCUCCGCAUUUGACCAUUUCUUUCACUGACCGCUCAUCCUCUUCCCCUGCUGCUGCAACUGAUGGCAAGGUGAAGUUCUCUGUGACGUGUUACUUUGCGACGCAGUUUGACACACUGAGAAAGACUUGCUGUCCGAGCGAAGUUGACUUUGUGAGAUCAUUGAGCCGGUGUCAGAGGUGGUGUGCGCAGGGAGGGAAAAGCAAUGUUUACUUUGCCAAGUCGCUGGACGAGAGGUUCAUCAUCAAACAAGUGGUCAAAACCGAGCUUGAUUCUUUCGAGGAUUUUGCACCUGAGUAUUUCAAAUACAUGAAGGAGUCUCUCAGCUCCGGGAGCCCCACUUGUCUUGCUAAGAUCCUCGGUAUCUACCAGGUCUCAAUUAAACACUCGAAAGGUGGGAAAGAGACGAAAAUGGAUCUGAUGGUGAUGGAGAAUCUCUUCUACAACAGAAAGAUAUCCAGAAUCUACGAUCUCAAGGGAUCUGCACGGUCACGGUACAAUCCAAACACAUCCGGAACAGACAAAGUCUUGCUGGACAUGAAUCUGCUUGAGACACUGCGCACAGAACCGAUAUUCCUGGGAAGUAAGGCCAAGAGAAGCUUGGAGAGAGCUAUAUGGAACGACACAAACUUCUUAGCUUCUGUGGAUGUAAUGGACUAUUCAUUGCUGGUUGGGUUCGAUGAAGAGCGUAAGGAAUUGGUUCUUGGGAUCAUAGACUUCAUGAGACAGUACACGUGGGACAAGCACCUUGAGACUUGGGUCAAAGCCUCAGGGAUUUUGGGUGGACCAAAGAACGCUUCUCCAACCAUAGUCUCACCAAAACAGUACAAGAGGAGGUUUCGAAAGGCCAUGACCACUUACUUUCUCACUGUUCCUGAGCCAUGGACCUCUUGAUUGAGUGAAAGAGAAAAUCAUUUUUCAUCAUUCUUUUGUUUUACUGAUCUCAAUUUGUUCCUCUCAAAUAAAAAAAAAAAGGGAAAUUGGUUUAACAGACAAGAUAUAUAUAUAUAUAUACAGGUUGGGACCUGACUGAUUUGAUUAUCACCUCUUUUUUUAUUGGUGUGUUUGUUGUUGGUUUCUCUAAGUAUGGAGAAUUGUAUAUUGUAAUUAUCGGCCAAAACUAAAGCCCCCAAAUUUCAAAGAAAAAAUACUAAUGAUUUGCUUUUUUAACUUUGUAUCUGUUAUCUUCCUUUGUGUUAAAUUUGAAUAUCUGC